AUGGCCUCCACCACCAGCAGCUGGUUUCAGAUGGAUUUUGUAGCAGGAGUGGUGAUCCAGCAAAAUAUUAAACACAAGUUCAGGGGUAGAAGUGAAUUUGAGAAAUCAGAACCUUCACUCACAGAGUUGAGAGAGUUAAGAGGUGAAAUCCAAAUGGACAUGGAGCUUUACCCCUCUUCACUUGGCGCUUCAUCCCCGGCCUCGCCCUCUCUCCCUGUGAAGGAACUGAAAACCAGGUUCAGACGGUCAACAGGACGAAAGGCCUGUGAUGAGACUCUACAAGCGUUCCACUCUGCAUCAGUCCCAAGACCACAUCCACCUGCCUCACUGUGCCAGCCCAGGCCCCCAGCCGGACCUCCUCCCAGUAAGACUUCUGCGUCCAGGACUCAUGGAAGCACAUCAGCCUCCAAUGUGUCAAGCAGGUCACCUAUCUGCCUCAAAAUCACGACUUCCAAGCACGUGAACAGUCACUUCAGAAGCGACGUGACAACAAUUAGGAGCGACCACCACCCCCAUCUUUCUCUAGAGCAGCACAGUGCUGGUGUCCACUGCAGGCCCCCGACUUCUAGUCCUAGUUUCAGAAUAAAAGCUGAGCGGAACUUCCCUGUGCAUGAAGUCCAACUUCCAUCCCAUCGCAGCCUGAGCAGAGAAGAUGAUUUACCACAGAAAGAGAGGAGGAGCAGCUCAAGACACAUCAGUGUUACCCCCUCACACAUUCCAGCACUCAGCCCUGUGAGUGAUGCAGGUAGUCACCACAACAGCAGGACUGACCAGGCUGGGUCAACAUUGGGGAAAUCAGAGACUCAAAACGGGCAAAGGAAAAGUACCUGUGGGGGUGGUGUAGUGUCAGCAGAUGAUGGAGAGAGAAGGGAGAGGACUCCUGGGAGUUUCUAUUCUUCAGUCAUGUCUGAAACUGGGAGCCGUCCGGCAAGAAACGGCGACAGAAAGAGCAACAGUCGAAUUGACAGAUAUAAAAUCAGUAAUCUUGAGAAGGGAAUCACGCUUGGUAACCAUCAUUUGACAGCUCACUCCUCAAGUCAUUCAGAAAGCAACUGUGAACAAGGACAGAUCAGAGCAGCCAUUCAGCCGGCGUCUGUACAGCUAGAGGGAAAAAUCUUUACUUUCCCCAAAAGACCACUCGGAGGCGCCGCAAGUCAACCGGCGAGUGUGGAGGAGCCACAGACAGAGCCGGUUAUCAACAGGUUCCACCAGCCAGCGCCUCCUUCAAGAGUGUCUACAUGAAGUCAACACCAGACCAAA